GGCAAAUUAAGCCAACUCAUCACAACUCCAGAAACAUCAACAUUUGACAUAUAGACAAGAAAUUACAAAAGGAAUCAUGGGAAGGUCUCCCUGCUGCGAUGAGAGUGGUCUGAAGAAAGGUCCAUGGACUCCUGAAGAAGAUGACAAGCUCAUCAAGUACAUCCAGAAACAUGGCCAUGGAAGCUGGAGAGCCCUCCCCAAACUUGCAGGCCUGAACAGAUGUGGAAAGAGUUGUCGGCUUCGUUGGACGAACUAUCUCCGGCCCGAUAUCAAGAGAGGAAAGUUCUCUCAAGAAGAGGAGCAAACUAUCCUCAAUCUCCAUGCCAUUCUUGGCAACAAGUGGUCGGCGAUCGCAACGCACCUGCCGGGGAGAACAGAUAAUGAGAUCAAGAACUUCUGGAACACUCAUCUGAAGAAGAAGCUGAUCCAGAUGGGGUUCGACCCGAUGACCCACCGUCCCCGGACCGACAUUUUCUCUAACCUUAAUAAUCUCAUAGCUCUUGCUAACCUCAUCGAAAACCCUAUGUGGGAAGAACAAGCCAUGCGACUCCAAGCCGAAGCCGUUCAGAUGGCUCGCCUCAGUCAGUACUUGCAGUACAUUAGCACAACUCUCCCUUCGAUCCCAGAUAUCACAACUUUCAGUCUUUUGAACUCACCCAAAGACAGCCCUAUCUUGACUUCGGCGCCGUCGCUGAGCUAUUUUCAAGAUCAGUCGGCUCCGUUCGCCCAUUUGCCGAACUUACAGACCGCCUGCGACAUCCAAGCUUCUGAAUGCGCAACAGGGAAGAACUUGGCAGCCGGACCAUCGCCGUCUUCACCGUGGCAGAUGCCUGAGGAUAUUUCGCCGCUGGCCGCGGCGGCUCCGGUGACAGAGACUUCCAUUACUAAUACAGGAGAUGUCUGCAGCAGCUCCAGCUACGGGGGAAAUCAAAUGUGGUCUGAACUGCUGGAUGAUCCUCUAUUCAAUGAAAUUGCUUAGUGUUUGAUCAUUAGAUAUAUAUCUACUUAUGGUACAGGCGUGAAGGUUUGGAAUAUUUCCCUUCCAUUUCUCUGAAUUUUGUUCGUUUUUGGACUUUUUUUUGUGAACAGAAAAGAAAUUAACAGCCUAUUUAUAUAUAUUGUUCAUAAACAAUAUAUAUAUAUAUGUAUGUAUCUAUCUACCUACUGAGAGUUAGCCAUACCUUUUUCUUCCU